UGCUUUGGGCCGCUCCAGCCGCCGCCAUUAGGCGAGCCAGGAUAGAUACUAGGGUGGCGGGAUCUCUUUUCCUAGCUUCCCCCCCAUCCUGCAAGGGUGGUAGCGCCCUUCCUCCUAACUACGUCCUUUAGGCGGCUCGGACCAGGAAGAAACCAUGUCCUGAACAGGGGGUGAGCGUAGGAGGCCGCAGCCAGCGGUGCAGGGGUGGGUGGGAUGCGGGUGAGGGGAAUGAUCAGUAGCUGCUGAGGAGACAGCCGCAGGAUCGGGAGGCGGUCCUGCAAGCUUUCUGCCUGAAACAAUUUACUUCAGGGAGUGCAGGAUGACAGAACGUGGAAUGAAAUGGGCUUGCGAGUAUUGUACAUAUGAAAACUGGCCAUCUGCAAUCAAGUGUACCAUGUGUCGUGCUCAGAGACCUAGUGGAACUAUCAUCACAGAAGAUCCAUUUAAGAGUACUUCAAGUGAUGUUGGCAGAGACUGGGAACCUACAUGUAUUGAAGGAGGCAGCAGCCCUUUGAUAUGUCCAGAUUCCAGUGCAAGACCAAGAGUUAAGUCAUCCUACAGUAUGGAAAGUGCAAAUAAGUGGUCAUGUCACAUGUGCACAUACUUGAACUGGCCUCGUGCAAUAAGAUGCACUCAGUGCUUGUCUCAGCGUCGGACCAGGAGCCCCACAGAAUCUCCUCAAUCUUCAGGGUCUGGUUCAAGACCAGUUCCUUUCUCUGUGGAUCCUUGUGAGGAGUAUAAUGAUAGAAAUAAAUUGAAUAUGAGGACACAGCACUGGACUUGUUCUGUUUGUACAUAUGAAAACUGGGCUAAGGCUAGAAAAUGUGUUGUCUGUGAUCAUCCAAGACCCAACAACAUAGAAGCAAUUGAAUUGGCGGAAACGGACGAGGCUUCUUCAAUAAUAAAUGAGCAAGACAGAACUCGGUGGAGGGGGAGCUGUAGUAGUAGUAAUAGCCAAAGAAGAUCACCUCCAACAACAAAACGGGAAUCCGAAAUGAAAAUGGAUUUUCAGAGAAUUGAGCUGGCUGGGGCUGUAGGCAGUAAAGAAGAACUUGAAGUUGACUUCAAAAAACUAAAGCAAAUAAAAAACAGAAUGAAGAAGACUGACUGGCUAUUUCUCAAUGCUUGUGUUGGGGUUGUAGAAGGUGACCUAGCUGCUAUUGAAGCCUACAAGUCAUCAGGAGGAGAUAUUGCACGCCAGCUUACUGCAGAUGAAGUACGCUUGUUAAAUCGCCCUUCUGCUUUUGAUGUAGGAUACACACUUGUUCAUCUUGCUAUACGUUUUCAAAGACAAGAUAUGUUAGCGGUUCUGCUUACAGAGGUAUCUCAACAUGCAGCUAAGUGCAUUCCAGCUAUGGUGUGCCCAGAGCUUACUGAACAAAUUCGACGUGAAAUUGCUGCAUCUCUUCAUCAGAGGAAGGGAGACUUUGCUUGCUAUUUCCUAACCGAUCUUGUAACAUUUACAUUACCCGCAGAUAUUGAAGACUUGCCGCAAACAGUCCAAGAGAAACUAUUUGAUGAAGUACUUGAUAGGGAUGUUCAAAAAGAACUAGAAGAAGAAUCUCCCAUUAUAAACUGGUCUCUGGAACUGGGUACGCGUUUAGACAGUAGACUUUAUGCACUUUGGAAUAGGACUGCAGGAGAUUGCCUGCUUGAUUCAGUACUACAAGCUACAUGGGGCAUUUAUGACAAAGAUUCGGUGCUACGUAAAGCUCUACAUGACAGUUUACAUGAUUGUUCUCAUUGGUUUUAUACCCGAUGGAAAGAAUGGGAGUCAUGGUACUCUCAAAGCUUUGGUUUACACUUCUCACUGAGAGAAGAACAAUGGCAGGAAGACUGGGCAUUUAUACUUUCGCUUGCUAGUCAGCCUGGAGCAAGUUUGGAACAGACACACAUUUUUGUACUUGCACAUAUUCUUAGAAGACCAAUUAUAGUUUAUGGAGUAAAAUACUAUAAGAGUUUCCGGGGAGAAACCUUAGGAUAUACACGUUUUCAAGGUGUAUAUUUGCCUUUGUUAUGGGAACAGAGUUUUUGUUGGAAAAGCCCUAUUGCUCUGGGCUACACAAGGGGCCACUUCUCUGCUUUGGUUGCCAUGGAGAAUGAUGGCUAUGGCAAUCGAGGUGCUGGUGCUAACUUGAACACUGAUGAUGAUGUUACUAUUACUUUUUUACCAUUGGUUGACAGUGAAAGGAAGCUGCUGCACAUUCACUUCCUGUCUGCUCAAGAGAUUGGUAAUGAGGAACAGCAGGAGAAGCUGCUCAGGGAGUGGCUGGACUGUUGUGUGACUGAGGGUGGAGUCCUAGUUGCUAUGCAGAAAAGCUCUCGCCGACGCAACCAUCCCCUGGUAACGCAGAUGGUAGAGAAAUGGCUUGAUCGCUAUAGACAAAUCCGCCCCUGUACAUCCCUUUCAGAUGGAGAGGAAGAUGAAGAUGAUGAUGAUGAAUGAUAACGUUGAAAUAUCUGACUACAUAUGUGUGGUGAUAACCCCAGUCCUUGGGGCCCAGUCUAGCAAUUUGUUACAUGAUGACCCAACUGUAGCAGGAAGCAUCCUGCAUAGGAUUUUUAAUCAGCAUGGGGAAAAUUAAGAGGCUUAUCUGAUCUGUGAAGACAGCUACAUUGGUUGGACUACCAUUUGUAAAAAGAGCAAAGCCUAAUUUUAUUACCAAGACACAUAGCAUUUUUCUUUCCAAUUGUACAUCUGCCUAUAAAUGUACCGCAUGUGGUUGUGUAAAAAAGUUGUGUAAUAGGAAAAAGUAUUACCAGCAUCUUAAAAUUACUGAAGAGAUUUCCUUGGAAUAAGGGCACUUAAAAAAGCACAUUCUAAAUGAGUAUCUGUUCUUUUUGAGACUUACAGUAAAAUUUGCUUAUUCUGCAUCACUUUUUAAGCAUUCUAGCACAUUUCCUUGAAAGACCAUUUUAUACGAAAUCUUGAAAACACCCAGGUCAGAUCAUGUGGGGUUUUUUUGUUGAUGCCAUAUAUUCAGACUAUGUCAGAUGUAUGAACAAGCAUGCUGUUUUAUUCAGAUUUGAGUUAAUAUUGUGCCCAUUAUAGUAAAAUGAAUUGUUAAAGGGAAAAAAACUUUGGAAGGGAUGAUAAAUUUUGAUUAAGUGAACUUUGUUUUCCAUAAAGGCUUCUCUGCUGUUCAUUAAUAGUUUGUAUAAUUUCUUUUGGGAUUUCUUUCCUCCCUACUUAAAAUAGUCAAUGAAAGUUCCAGGAACUAUAUGCUAAGUAACUGUGUGAAGUUAACUAAACUGAAAACUGCAUUUUGUCCAAACCCAGUCUUGCUGUGAAUUGUACAGUAGAAAUUAAUAUUUUUUCAAGCCUUUCCCUGUGCAAGUUAAAAUCACCUCCAUUGAGGAGCACUCCCUGGUCAUUAAAAUUGAGUGAGAAAGCACUUUGGCAGUUUUCCUUAAAAGCCUUCAUUCUAAAAUUUGUUUUAAAGUACUGUAUAUUAUCUUUUCUUGGUAUGUAAACUUUGGAAUUUUUUGCAUGUUGAUUGAUUGUGGCCCCAUUGAAUAUGUAAGUUUCCUGAAAGUAUAAAUUCAGAAUAUAUUCUCCAGUAGAAAUAUCUUUUUAUUAUACUUGAUAACUUUAGCCAUACUCUCUUGAAUGGAUAUAGCUUAUCCAGAACCUCACUUUAAAAAACACUAAAGGUUGAAUAGUUUUGUAUGCAUAAAGCAGUUCCUGAUGAGCACUUUGUAAAGACUAAUGAUGGUGGAAAUGAUGACAAGGAAACUCUUGCAAAAUAGAUUUCUUUGCAUAAGAAUCUGGACAGAAACUGUACUUAUGUAUUUUUACAUAGUUGUAAAAAGUAUAGGAAUCCUUCCAAAUUUGCUGCUUUUCUAAAUGUGGCUUAGCUGGUGUUGAAACAAAAAUCUCCAAGUAAUAAUCCUAUUAACAAAUCUACACUGAAAUUUCAACAGGGUACUAUAUGGAAGAAAUACAACAUUUUUCACCUCUGACACAAGCAUAUCAUACUGUAUGUGUAUGUAUUUUGGUAACUUGUUUUCUACCUUGAUGCAUGCAGAGAUUAUCAGAUGCAUGCCUACCUGUGAUGAGUCACAUUGCCUAGACAUUACAACAAUUGGUUUUGUCUUCCUAAAGCAGGUUCUGCGUUAAUGUACAAUCCUUAGUUUUUCCUAAAUACAAUCAUAAGGUAAAGUUAAUACCUUACUAAUUAAUCUUUGCCUACUUUACAGUAAAAUCCCUGCAUUCCUAGAUUAGUAGAAUAGAUUUAUGAUUAUGCUUGUGUUGGAGGGGGUAUUGCUUGGAAGUGAUGCAAGCGCUGCCCUGAGUCUAGUAUUAUUUCUGGUGAAGGAACUUCCUUAAAUAAAGCAUCACUUUACGUUUGUUUGUCUUAUCAUAGUAAGGACAAAUAGCCAGAUAUCUAGCCAUUUUUAUUCCACUGCAGUAACAAAACCUGAUAUUUUGGAUGAAAGCAAAUAAAAUAAAAUAAGGAAUAAAAAUAUAGUAUACAUUUUUACUAGCUCAUAUCCCUGUAUAUUGUGUGAUUACAGAGACAGCAGUACCUAAACUACUUCUUGUAAUACAGCCUCAGCAUAUCCCUCUAAUAAUCAGUGGAAGUCAGUGGAUUAGUUUAGACUUAAAAUCCAGUAGUAGUUAUACUGCUGGAGAAAAGGCAUUCAGUAAAUUGUGGCUGUGCCUUGACAAGUGACUGCAAUAAUGAAUUGGCCUCUGAUAUAUUGGCUGAAAAGAAAGAUCCCCCCACUUGACUAAGUUCUAAACUGCAAUGGUGGUGGUGGGGGGGGGGGUGGAGUGUACUAUCACAUUUAAACUGAAGGUGCAAGCUUUAAUUCAAGUCCUUUUUCUAAAGUAGUUUGGAGUGCUAUAAUAGAACCCUUUAAAUUCAGUUAUUUGUAUUGUUCUUCCUUUUGAGUUCUGCUGCUGGUGGUGGGAGAGUCUUUCCUGCUUAAAUACUUUUAUGAAUUCUCUUUCCUCCACUUUUUUUUUAAUGUCUGACUUUAAGUCCUGCUACCCGAUUUAGAAAAGUAUUACUACUUCAAGUGCUAAAAGCACCGUUUUGGCAACAAAAUGGCUUCCUUCUUGUUAUCUUCACCAUUUUGUACCUUAAUAACUUUAAGAACUUGUCUGAAGCUUUGUUCUACUGCAGUGGACCUAUGCUUUCUGAAUUACUACAGCAUUUAUAAACUCUUCCAUGACCAACAUCUGCAUUUGGAACUUACCUAUUUAUCAAACUAGGAUGACUUUUAGAACCACAACUGUUAUAUUGAAAUUUGACUUAAAAGCCUCCUUCAGGAUGAAUUUGGUUUUAAUUUUAAGUGGGGCAAUUCUCCUCAACUUAGUACCUGGAAGUAAUGUGAAAUUAAUUGCAUCAAAGCAGCCAAAUUAUGUGGCAGGGGUUCCUAGCACAUUCACUGAUGGUAGACAAGUCUGCCUCAAUUACCCUGUUAGAAAGUAUCCAUAUUCAUUGACAUGAAUUAUGUGUAUCUGGAAUGCCACUUCCUGGUUUAAGAACAAACUUCCAAUAAUAGCAGCUUCUAAAAUUCACUAAUGCCAAUGUAAAUGUUAUAUUAUUUCAUCUUUGUGUGGCUUCCUUAAAUGUUCUCUGUAAUUCAUCACUGUUCCUUCUCCUGGUUGCUCUAUACUGGUGUCUAUGGUAAGUUAUUCAUAAUUGCAGUGUUAGAUCAUUGACACAUCUAUGAAAUUGACUCCCUUAAAUAUGUUCAAAGCUGGUAAUGUGCUUUUCCAUUAAUUUAAAACAAAACAAAUACAAGUUUUGUACCAA